AUGCCAUUCUAUCGUACAUAUUUCCUCGUCCACAACGAAGUGACCAACCAUGAACUGAGGUGCUUGGUGAAGGAGAUGGCUCGAGCAGUGACCAACAACCGGGGUGUUGUAUUCAGCUUUGAGGACCUCGGCUGGAGAAAUCUACCUUACUUCCUAUUGAAGCAGGGGUAUCGGCGAAAGUUCUUCUAUGGGAGGUGGUUUACUAUGAACUUUGGAGCUCAUCCGGCAUCAUGGAAUGCCAUUGAGGAGAUAGGCCGCCAUAACACGGGCAUUCUACGACUAAGUACAGAGAAGGUUACGCCUUAUAAUAAUAUGUGGAAGUUACGGUCUACCUUUUACAAGCCUAUCAGCUUCUAUACGGGUACCACUGAGAAGGAGACCAACAUGCCCAAUGAGGACUUCUCUAUUUGA